AUGCCGUCCCUUCUCCUCGUGAUAUUCGCCGUGGAAGUGGUGGUCCAUGUGAUCAACCUUGUAGGCGCCACUGUCCUGAAUGAUCUGAUCUGGACAGCCAUCAACUACUUGCCCGUACCGACAGCCAAGGCAGCUGCUGAGCAGCGCAAGACGCAGGCCGAGUACGUCAAAGUCCGCCGCGACCUCAACACCACCAGCAGCCAGGACCAGUUUGCGAAAUGGGCCAAGGUUCGCCGCCAGCAUGACAAGCUGCUAGAGAAGCUCGAAGGGCAAAAGAAGGGCUUGGAAGCCUCACGUGCCGGCUUCGACAAGUACCUCAGCGCCGUCCGAUUCCUCGUCACCCGAGCACCGCAAUACGCCCUGCCCUUUUGGUUCGCCAAGGAGCCCAUGCUCUGGCUGCCGCAUGGCUGGUUCCCCUACUAUGCGGAAUGGAUCAUUUCCUUCCCGCGUGGUCCCCUCGGCAGCGUCAGCAUCGCUUCGUGGCAGCUCGCCUGCACGACGGUCAUUGUGCUCGUGAGCGACAUGCUGCGCGGCCUCUACCAGCUGCUUGCAUCUUCGCGGACGGCGACGGCGAGUAAGACUAGGAAGGAGACACCAAUCCAGGCAACUAGCGAAAAGGUGGGCGAGGAGGCGCGCAGCGAGAAGAAGACCGAGAAAAAGGCGUAA